AUAUUUUUGAUUUUAUUACAUAUAUCUUAAUCUAUCUCAGUACAUUUACAGCCUUGAACAGUGACGAAUAUUCAAUAAGGUACAGUGAGCCUGGGUUUGAAUGACCUUUAAGUGACUUCCUUUGAUCACUUGGAAAGUCACUCUCAGUAUCUCAAAAUUUCUCUUGACGUUCUUCAAUCAAAUGGCUAAUUCUUGGACCUCUGGAGUCACCAGGUCCACAAGGACAUAAUGGCACCUGUCCUGAGAAUUGGCUUCUCCAACUUUGAGAUGGACCCCGGCCUGGCAUACCACGAGGAAGUCCUGAGCCCAUAUUGUGCUGUGUACAUGAAGGAAGUUGUGGAGACAGAGAAGGGGCAGCUAUACAAGCAGAAGAAGCCAACCAUGUACCCCUCUUGGAAUACAACAUUUGAUGUGCAUGUCUACAAAGGCCGUUUGAUGCAUGUGGUGGUAAAGGAUGAGACGGCAGAGCUCAAGUCUGAAACAACUGUACAACUGGACUCUCUCACCACAAGGUGCAAAAAGGAGAAUGGCAAACUGGAGAUCUGGGUGGAUCUGAAACCAAUGGGGCGUCUGCUCAUGGAGGCAAGAUACCUUCUGGAUAAGAGUGAUGACAAGGGUCAAAGCGAAGGUGAGGGCGAGAGCGAGGCUGACGGGGAAAAAGAAGGUCGUUUUGCCUUGCACCAACGUCGAGGUGCCAUCAAGCAGGCCAAAGUGCAUGAAGUCAAGUGCCACGAGUUCACCGCCACCUUCUUCCCACAGCCUACCUUCUGCUCUGUCUGCAAAGAAUUUGUCUGGGGGCUGAAUAAACAAGGCUACCAGUGCAGACAAUGCAAUGCUGCCAUUCACAAGAAGUGCAUUGACAAAGUGAUUGCAAAGUGCACAGGGUCAGCUGUCAACAGCAAGGAGACCAUGAUCCACAAGGAGCGGUUCAAGAUUGACAUGCCCCACAGGUUUAAAGUAUACAGCUACAAGAGUCCCACCUUCUGUGAACACUGUGGCACUCUGCUGUGGGGGCUGGCCAGACAAGGUCUUAAGUGUGAAGAAUGCUGCAUGAACAUUCACCACAAGUGCCAGAUGAAAGUGGCCAACCUGUGUGGGGUGAAUCAGAAGCUGAUGGCAGAGGCGCUGGCCAUGAUUGAGAGCACGCAACAGGCCCGGAGUUCCCGCAGCAACGAGAUCAUUGGACGGGAGGGGCCUGUUGGUGUUGAUCAGCCAGGAGUUAUCCGGGAGCCAUCUGGAUGCAUCCCACAACCCCUUGCCUCUACUGUGGACCACAAAGAACUCCAGAGUAUCUCUUGGGAUGCCCUCCAAGACAUGAAACAGCCCCAAGUGCAGAGCCAGCCAUCUCUGCAAGCUGUAUCCAGGAAGGGAUUUCACAAAUUUACCAUUGACAGCUUCAUCCUACACAAAAUGCUGGGGAAGGGCAGUUUCGGCAAGGUUUUUCUUGCAGAGUUGAAGUCAACCAAUCAGUUCUUUGCAGUGAAGGCUCUGAAGAAGGAUGUGGUUCUAAUGAAUGAUGAUGUGGAAUGUACCAUGGUGGAGAGGAGGGUUCUGUCCCUGGCUUGGGAGCACCCAUACCUCACACACCUGUACUGCACUUUCCAGACCAAGGAGAACCUUUUUUUUGUGAUGGAGUACUUGAAUGGGGGAGACCUUAUGUUUCAUAUACAGAGUUGUCACAAAUUCAGCCUCGCAAGAGCAACGUUCUAUGCUGCAGAAAUUGUUUGUGCCCUCCAAUUCCUCCACUUGAAAGGAAUCAUAUACAGGGACUUGAAGCUGGACAAUGUGCUGCUUGAUUCUGAUGGACACAUCAAGAUCGCUGACUUUGGGAUGUGCAAAGAAAACAUGCUGGGAGAUGCCAGAGCAUCCACAUUCUGUGGGACCCCAGACUACAUUGCACCUGAAAUUCUCUUGGGGCAGAAGUAUGGAUGUUCUGUGGACUGGUGGUCCUUUGGGGUUCUUCUCUACGAGAUGCUGAUUGGACAGUCUCCUUUCCAUGGCCAUGACGAGGAACAGCUGUUCCAAUCAAUUCGCACGGACAAUCCUUUCUACCCUCGAUGGCUCUCCAGAGAUGCCCAUGACAUCCUGGUGAAGCUCUUUGUGCGGGAACCUGAGCAGAGAUUAGGUGUGAAGGGGAACGUCCGACAGCACCGCUUCUUCAUGGCUGUUGACUGGACUGCUUUGGAGAACCGGCAGGUGCAGCCGCCCUUCAGACCCACCGUGAGAUCCCCAAGUGACUGUAGCAACUUUGACCGGGAAUUCAUCAACGAGAAACCCCGACUCUCAUGUGCCGACCGAGCACUGAUCAACAGUGUGGACCAGACAGUAUUUUGCAACUUCUCCUUUGUAAACCCGAGGAUGGACAGCACCAGGAGCUCAUGAUUAUUUCAGCCUCUUCACAGCUGAUACAUAAACAAUCAAUUAAUAGCCAAUGAUUGUAAUACAAGGCAUCCUUUGCUAACAGUCAGCAUUAUUAUUAAGAGAGUUUGGAACAUUGGCAACCAGGAUAAAACAUUGCCCUCACUCAUUAGGAUCGUCAAGAAUAAAAAAUAAAAUUAACUUGAUAAUAAAAAAGACAGUUGCUAUUAAAAUUAGCCAGUCUGAAUUCUUUCAGCAUCAUUACAGAAGCAGGCCAAAACCAAUAUUAUUUAAUUUUUAUUAAAAUCAUGUGGG